AUGUCCGGGGAAGACGAUGGAUUCAAUUCGAAGAACUGGGUCUGGGUGCCAGACUCAAGGAACUUCUUCAGUAAGGGAUACGUAACGGAUUAUUUGGCGGACGGACAAUGUAAGGUUACAGUGAUGGAGGGGAAUCAAGAGCAGCAUCGGGUUGUUGCCAGCAACACUUUGGAGAACUGUAACCCGGUAAAAUUCAACAAGUGCAACGAUAUGGCCGAAUUAACCCAUUUAAACGAACCUUCAGUGGUGUACAACUUGUAUCUUCGAUACAAUGAUGAUAUGAUCUACACUUAUUCGGGUCUCUUUUUGGUUGCGAUCAACCCAUACAAGCUGUUACCGGUGUACGAUGCAGCCACCCUCAAACGAUUCCAUGACCAUACACAUGACAAACCACCACCUCAUAUCUAUGCUACCGCUGAAGGAACAUAUCGGAACCUUCUUGCCAAUGGUAAAGAUCAAUCGAUUCUUGUUACAGGAGAAAGUGGAGCUGGUAAAACGGAAAAUACCAAAAAAAUUAUUCAAUAUCUCUCCUCCAUUACUUCUGAACAUGACUCAAAUUCUGGAUCAAAUUCUGAUAUUGAUACAAAGAUUCUUCAAGCAAAUCCAAUUUUAGAAAGUUUUGGUAAUGCCAAAACAAUUAAAAAUAAUAAUUCAUCAAGAUUUGGUAAAUUUAUCAAGAUUUUCGUUCUGCAAAAGGGAAAUAUCAGUGGAGCCAACAUAGAGUAUUAUCUUCUUGAAAAAUCUAGAGUCGUACAUCAAGUAGCAAAUGAACGGAAUUAUCAUGUUUUCUAUCAAUUUUUGAAAGGAGCUGGUAAGGAAACUCUUUCCAAAUACAAGUUGAACAAAGAUGUGAAACUGCACAACUACUUGAAGGAAUCACAGGCUGAAAUCCCCCAUGUAGAUGAUGCUAAGGACUUCCAAUCGUUGGUUGAGGCCUUUGCCAUCAUGGGAUUUGCUGAUAAGGAAACAAAACAAAUCUUUGCCAUGCUUGCCGUUGUUUUACAUCUUGGUGACUUGGAAUUUACAUCUUGGAAACUGGAACAAGCUAGUUUCACCUCGACAUCACCCACUGAAAUCAUUGCUAAUCUCCUUGGCAUUAAAAAGCAAGAACUUGUAGAUAAUUUACUUCGUCCAAAAGUUAAAGCUGGAAGAGAAUUUGUUCUGAAAUCUCAAAAGGCAUCUGCGGUAAAAUAUGCCAUUGAUGCAUUUGCCAAAUAUUUAUUUGAAAGGAUAUUCCAAUACAUUAUCCAAAGAAUUAAUGAUAAUUUGGAUAUUGCACAAAUGGAUAAUUCAGAUUCAAAUUUUAUUGGAGUAUUGGAUAUUGCUGGGUUUGAAAUCUUUGAACAAAACUCAUUUGAACAAUUAUGUAUUAAUUAUACUAAUGAAAAAUUACAACAAUUUUUCAAUCAUCAUUCAUUUAUAUUGGAACAAAGUGAAUAUCUUAGAGAAGAUAUUGAAUGGGAAUUCAUUGAUUUUGGUCAAGAUUUACAACCAACGAUUGAUUUGAUUGAAACCAAGAAACCUAUGGGGAUCUUUGCCAUUUUAGAUGAAGAAUGUAUGGUUCCUAAAUCAAGUGAUAAGACUUUUAUGGAGAACCUUGCAUCUCAAUGGGGUAAUGGACAAAAUAAGAAAUUCCAACAGAAUAAGUAUAAAAGUGGAUUUAUUGUACAUCAUUAUGCUGGUAUGGUUGAAUAUAAUGUCGAUAAUUGGUUACAAAAGAAUACCGAUCCGGUCACUGAAGGGUUACUCAAAUUAUUACCAAACUCUGAAAACUCAUUUGUAAGUGAAUUAUUUGUUAAUGAUGAACAUUUGGUUGCAUCCAAUAAUAAUAAUAAAAGAGGUGGGAAGUUGAAAACUGCAUCUCAAAAACAUAAGGAACAAUUGACCCAUCUUAUGGAACAACUUGGACUUACAGAACCACAUUUUGUGAGAUGUAUCUUACCUAAUCUUGAAAAGAAACCCAACAAGUUUGAUAAGAAUUUGGUACUUCUUCAAUUACGAUGCAAUGGUGUAUUGGAAGGAAUUAGAAUUGCUCGUGCUGGAUACCCUAACAAGAUGACAUUUGAAGAAUUUUAUCAAAGAUAUUCUAUUCUAGACGUUAAGGAAGUAUUUACCAAAAACAUGAAGACUAAUAGUGAACUUAUUAUUAAACAUAUUAACUUGGAUGCUGAAAGUUAUAAAGUUGGGAUUACAAAACUUUUCUUCAAAAAUGGUGUAUUGGGUAAACUUGAAGAACUUCGAGAUUUGAGUUUAAAGGGAAUUUUCACUGAAUUUCAAAGUCUUGUUAGAGGGAAAUCUACUCGUAAAACCAUCAAAUCCAAAAUUGCUGAAAUCCAAGCUUCUCAACUAAUUGCAAAGAAUUUCAAGGCUAUUCACGAAACUAGAAAGAGUAGUUUAUGGCUUGAUUUAUUCAUUAAUAUCAAACCAUUGUUGGAAGAUUCUGUCAAGGUACUUGAUUCCAAGGAAGUUCAAGAUAAUUUAAAAUCUUUGACUAAGAAACUUAAAGAAGCAGAGAUGAGUAAGGAAAAACUUGAAGGUGAAAACACUAAACUUCAAACACAGAUGCAACAACUUGAAAAUGAAGUAAUUUCAACCACUCUGUUGAUGAAGGAAAGAGAUUCUGUUGUUGAUAAGUUGAAGAGUGAAGAAAAGAAGAGUAGAUCUAAAAUUGAAACCUUAUCAUCUGAAAUAAAAUCUAUACAACAGAAGUUUGAUGUGAUUUUCAAGACUAAAACGUCAUUAGAAAGUGACAUUGAAGAUCAUAAACAGAAACUUCAAGAAAGCUUACAAAAACAUGAAAAAAUUGUGGAACAACACUCCGCUGCUGAAAAGAAUAUUCUUGAUCUUAAUGAGAAACUUAAAGUUCAUGAAAAAGAAAAAUCCAAACACCAAACUAUACUUGAUCGUACCAUCAUGGAUCAUGAAUCAUCUGUGGCCACAUUGACUGCUAAUUCUGAGAAACUCAAGGUUGAGAAUGAAAGAGUCACCAAAGAAGUCAAUACAUUAACUGAAAAGUUGAAUAAAUUAACAAAGAAACAUGAAUCUUUACUUGAGGAAAAGAAAUCAUUUUCUUCUGGUAGUGAUGAAUUGAAAAAGGAAAUUGAAAACUUAUCAGCCAAAUGCGAACUGUUAUCUAAGGAAAGGGACUUAUUGACCCAAAAACAUGCAAGAUUAACUGAAAAAUAUGAGACUGUUAAUAAAGACUUGUCUGCUUCAACACUGAGUGCACUGGAAAAAAAUGAUUUGUUAAAGUCAUUAAAGGCAGAAAUUUCUAAAAAUACUUCCACGACAGAAAAAUUAUCUAGAGAUAAAUCUUUGGCUGAGAAUUCAUUAUCUGAAUUGCAAUUGAAACUUCGGGAAAGUGAAAAGAGUAAGUCUUCUCUUCAAAGUAAGUGUAAUAAGUUGGAGGUUGAGGUGGAGAAUUUAACUGGACAGAUUAAAACAUUCUCUGAUAAGGAACGUGAGCUCCAAGAUACCCAUAAAAAGGAACUAGCAAAACUUGAACAGUUAGAUGAUUUGAAAUCUGAAUUACAGACCAUUACAAAUGAAAAGGAGCAAAUAUCUGCAUCGUAUCAGAAACUAAAAGUUGAAUAUGAAACUUCCAAGAGUGCCCAACAAGAUUAUUCAAAACAAAUUCUUGACAUGAAGGAACAAAUGAAGGAAUUAGAGAGUAAUACAAAUAGAAAUAAGGAGAAUGUGCCACCACCUGAACCUUCAUUUGUGAAUGAAUUUGCCAACAUUAAGUUGAAACUCAAUGAACAAAGUGCAAGUUUACGAAAGGAAAAGUUUGAGAAUCAAAAGUUGAAUGAAGAACUCAAACAACUCAAGGGCAGAAUUAUCUCCGGUGAUUCGGAACGCAAAAGUGCAAGCUUUAGAAGAUCUUUAGCUAUUGGAGAAGAAGUCACAUUAAAUCUGAACUAUCUUCGUGAAGAAAUUGAUGCUCUUAAGUUUAGCUUAGAACAAGAAGAAUCCAAUGCUCAAAGAGCAGAGAAUUAUGCAAUUGAACUUCAAAAGAAAUUGAAUAAGUUGCAAUCUAGUCGUGGUAUUGGUAAUUCAACUGACUUUGAAAAGAAAUAUAAGGAAUCACAAAUGAGAAUUCAGGAAUUAGAAGACAAGAUCAACAAUAUAGUUUCACAAGAAGAUUCUCCGAAAAGACUUUCCAAGAGUGAAAGCUUUGGUCGGAGUUCACUCAUAAAUAAGACAUUAAGUAACGCAAAUCAAGAUUUUGUGAAGAUUUAUCAGGAUGUUUCCAAAACUCUUAAAGUUACAAGAGAUGAAUUAUCGGGAUCAAAGAGUGAAAUUUUAAGAUUAAAGUCACUCUUGCGAGAAUCUGAAGAUGAAUUAUAUGAUGCAAAGAGACAAACCUUCAAGACUUCUAUUUCUGAUUACGAAAGUGAACUUGCCCAACUCAAGGUUAGAUACGAUAGCGUUAGCGCUCAGAAUGUCGAAAUAAAUGCAUCCGUUUCAUUAUAUAAGAAACGAGCAGAUGAAUAUUAUAAGAAAUUAGAACUUGCAGAAUCUGCAAUUAACAUUUCUCAAAGACAUGAACAAACAGCGGCACGUGAAUUGGCAGAGGCUAAAAACCAAUUACAUCUUGCUCGUGAGGAAGCUCGGGCGUCCCAGAUUCUUAUAACUGAUGUUAGAAGACAAAAUACUACUUUGGAAAACACGAUCAGCGAUAAAGAGUAUGCUAUAAAGCAAUCUAAGGAACAAAUAAAGACAUUGGUGGAUAAGAUUGAAUAUUUCACCACCAACUAUGAAAAUGUUGAAAAUCAAGAAAAGUAUAAAGAGGAAAUCCGAGUCUUAAACAAGGAUUUGAAUUUCAAAUUAGAAACAGAAACUAUACUCAUUAAAGACAAUAAGAAACUUCAACUUGAUCUUGAAGAAAUGACUCGUGAGAAGGAAGAAUUGGACGCUGAAUGUAUUGAACAACAACAAAAAUUGAAUGAGUUUGAAAUAAAUCUUGCCGAAGCCACAAAGAGAGUUCGGACCCUUGAAAAUGAAAAGGCCAUUCAUGAGAGAAAGAUCACAAACUUCACCAAACAAGUGACAUCAUUGAAAGAUCUCGUUGGAGAACUUACUCAAGAGAAGGAUAAUUUAUUGCAAGAGAAGGAGACUUUAGAGGAAGAUCUUAUCAAAUUAACUCAAACCCAUGAAGAUACUCAAGCUACAUUGACACAAACUGAAGCUGACAUGGCUGUUUUGAGAGAUCAUUUAGAAAAUCAACGUGAAAGUGCAGAUGCAAUUCGAUCUGAACUUAAUCAGUCAAAGAUAUCUACUACGAAUGAUAUUCAAGAUUAUCUGAAAUUGAAAAGAGAUCUUUUGGUUACCAAUGAAGAGAACGAUUCUUUGAAAAAGGUCAAUCAGGAACUCAAUUCAAAAGUACACAGUCUCGAAGAAAAACUUUACAGUAAUGAACAAUUGAAGUAUUGGGAAUCUAAGGUUAAUGAACUUACUGGAAAGUUGGAUCAAUCAGAAGGUUCGAACUAUGAAUCCUCCAAGACAAUCAAACUGUUGGAGAGAGAAUUAAAGAAAUUGGAGAUUAGAGUGCAAAACGAAUCCCAACUCACCAAGAAGUAUAACGAUGAGAAUUUCGACUACCAGAACAAGGUGAACCACUACAAGAGUACGAUCGAUAUCCUUCACAGUGAAAGUCUGGAGAAGGAACUUUUGUUAAAGGCAGCUGAACGUGAAAAGAUUGAAAUGAAGGAAAAUAUGCUCAUUCUUGAACGGGAAGUUUUAGAAUUACGUAGUAAACUUGGUAUUUAG